AUGGCUGCGCCGUCCACUGAGCAAAAAGAGCUACAGCUCGUCGAGACUGUCGAGUUCAAAAUCCUCGGCGUCGCCAACAAGGAAAACAAGCUUCAUGAGCUGCUACAACGCUACUUGACGCCCUUGAUACUCAAAGCCGCCAGCGAUCAUGCCAGUGUCCGCGGCAGGCCACCGCAAGUCAUCUUGCCCGUCAAGGCCCUGUUACAGCAGUACAGGACAACCGACUCCGUUGUCAUCAAGCAGCUGGAUCUUUCCUUCAUUUUGCAUAGCCUCGACCGGACUGAUGUAGAGGACCGGCGCGGUUUCCUCCCAAUCGCACUCAAGGGCCUCGCGGCAGACCAGAACCAGCCGCGAGCUGCCACUAUUCUCAACAUUAUCCUUCGGCUCAUUCUGGAUGUAAAAAUACCGUCGCGCGGGAGCAAGGAUGACGAAGCUUUCAAGCUUUCACUGGGUCUUGAGGAUGCGGCCGACGCAAAGUACCUAGCCUACCUCCUCGGCAUCUUUCUUCGACUACGGGCGGCCACGGGUUCCCAAACCCUAGCCCAGUCUAAUCCCACCCUAUCGAGCUUGGAGCUGGCUCUUUUCCCGGCCGAGAGCGCAGAGACGGAAAAGCUUCUCCGGCGUAUAUCCGAGCUCAAGAUCAAGGUCGUCACUCUGCUUGCAAGCGCUGCCUUUACCGAUGAAGAAAAGUUUCUGCCUGCCCUCUACGCGGCUGCCAGCUUUGAUGGCAGAGUGGCCUCCUCCGGCGAGGAGAUUAUCAAGAGAAGCUCAGUUUCAUUGGAAGAUACAGGACUCGUUGAGCGUCUUUUUGCUGCGCAUGGCUCGCUCCCCGCUGCCAACCGCACUCGGAUCCUCGGUAUGCUGACAAAGUCGGCCAUUUCGACAACUAUGACGGACAAUAUCGUGAAAGUCGUGACGCUCGACUUCAUGCCGCCACAGGAGGAAUCUUCGUCAAACUCGUUACAGCCCUUGAGCGUCCUCGAACGGACCAAACUUCACAAAGCUCUCUUCCAGUACUUAUCUUGGGUCGCCCACAUUGGCCCGUCCAAGCGAGAUUUCACGAUUGGUCCACAACUAAUUCAAAAAAUGCGAGAAUACGUUGAAAGCCAGGGCUGGCCUCUUGCCGAGUCUGCUACAAGUGAUGAUAUCAAUCUCCGCUCACGCGCGUAUGAGACAAUUGGGCUCCUGGCACGAAGCGCAGACAUGCCCACAGACAACAAGCUUGACCUUGCUGCAUGGCUCUUCCGCUCACUGUCGGAAGACUCGACCAACGAUGCCAUUGUCAACAUCGAUGGCGCACUCUCCAGUUUGACUGCAAAUAUUGAACCCAGCACCACAGCCGGCAACUUGAUGUUCAGAACAAUGUUGCUCACAUACAUGUCCCUUACCGAUGAACCCCCCGUCGUACGCAGCACGCGCCAUGCUGUUGUCAAGUGGGCGAAUCAAUGCCUUGAAUUUUCCGAUGUCUACGCCAGGUGGAUUGAUAUCCUGGCCAUUGCUGGUCAGUACAACGAACGCAAUGAUGUCAUCGAGCAGGGUCACAAAGGUCUUGAUCCCUGGACCUACCUCGCUCACAACCAAGCCACCGCGAAACUACCCAACUGGAAGGAGAUGGUCAUGACAUACUUUGAUUCGCUCGUCGAGCCAGCGCCCGUGGCGAGCGGGCAAUCCAUUAAUGGGCUGCCGACGUUGCCCGCUCGUCCGGUAUUUCAGAACUUUCACGGGCCGCGAAUUCUCGCCUUUCCCGUCGCCUUGAAGUACUGCAAGAACCUCAUGUUUCUUUCUGCACUCGAUGACUUUACUGUCCAGCCGGAUUGGAUGCAAGCCCUCAGCGCGCAGCUUAAAAAUGACAUCAAGACCCAGAAUCAGGUCCGUGCAUAUCUGCAAAAGGUGGAUUCGAAAGAGCUCGUCUUUUAUCUCCAGGCAUGUCUGGAUGGUGCUUUUGCGGACGACUCCCCAAUUGUGGAGGACUGCAUCCGCUGCUUUGUCGAAGUCGCGUCGCUCGCCCAGGCCGAGACCAUAGCCCUUCUCGCGGGGCAUACGAUGGGCCUACUUCCUCUCGUCAAAUCGAAUAACCGAGAAAUCAGAACCUUGGCUGCCAAGGCUAUGGGAAUACUGGCCGCCCACCCAGUGAAUAGUAUUGACGCCGUCUCCAACCUUUCCGUCACUCUACACAGCUUCUUUGACAAUGCGCAGAGAAAGGUUGGCCCCGAUCUAAAUGCUGCAGAGGGUGCAUUGACGGCAUUCGGCCAUUUACAAUCUCGUUGCGUCUAUUAUAAUCGCGAUAUCCCCGAGACUACAUACCCGCUGUCGUAUCUGGCAGAUGAGUCUACAGCAGCUUCGCUUUUCGAGGCAGCUCUCGACUCCUUUGCUCAGCUCUGGUCUGCCAAAUUGUCCAUUCCUCUAUUAGAAGGUGAUCAUAGCUUGGAAAUCAUCAUCAAGAGACUGGCAGCACAAGCCAAGAAGGGCAACGAGCGUGCUAUCGCUGCACUAGGGCGUCUUGCGUCUGCCAUCGAUCUCGAGGAAUCUCGACAGGCGAGCUCCACCAGUCCAGAAUGGGAACAUGGCACACUGGGCACGAUCCUCAAAGACCUCUUUGCUCUCCAUGAAAUAAAGCAGGUUGAGAUUCACUUCACCGUAGGAGAAGCCAUAGCGGCAGCCAUUGGUCGAUGGGACUCUGACCAGGUCAAGCUUGGCAUGGACGUGGACUGCCAGGGCAACGAGUUUCAGGGCAAAGCUCGAACCUCCAUCAUUUCUUCAGUACUUGACAAGCUGUUUGCCGACUGUAAAGGCACCAAGCCUUCUCUACUCAAGGCCUCUGGUAUCUGGUUGUUUUGCAUUGUUCAGUACUGCUCCCAUAUUGAGCAGGUUCAGUCUCGUCUUCGUGAAGCGCAGGGUGCCUUUAUGCGCUUGUUGAACGCGCGCGAUGAGCUCGUACAAGAGACGGCUUCUCGUGGUCUGUCUCUUGUCUACGAACGAGGCGAUGCCGAACUCAAGUCUACACUGGUUAAGGAUCUGGUGUCUGCUUUUACAGGCUCCAGCACGCAGCUCAAAGUGGAGGAAGACACAGAGCUAUUUGAGCCUGGUGCUCUGCCCACUGGCGAGGGCAACUCGGUCACAUCGUACAAGGAUAUUGUCAGUCUCGCAAACGAGGUCGGCGAUCAACGAUUGGUCUACAAAUUCAUGUCCCUUGCUGCCAAUGCCGCGACUUGGUCUACGCGAUCUGCGUUUGGCCGGUUUGGACUAAGCAACCUCUUGUCAGAGUCCGAAGUCGACCCAAAGCUGUACCCCAAGCUCUACAGGUAUCGCUUUGAUCCGAAUUCUAAUGUCCAGAAGUCCAUGGAUGAUAUUUGGAAGUCCCUCGUCAAGGACUCCAAUGCCACUAUAGAUGAGCACUUUGAAGCCAUCAUGGAAGAUUUGUUGAAGAGUAUUCUUGGUCGCGAGUGGCGCAUGCGCGAAGCUAGCUGCGCCGCUGUUGCCGAGCUUGUCCACGGUCGCCCGUUCGUGCAGUAUGAGAAAUAUUAUCGCGAUGUAUGGACUGCCGCGCUCAAAGUUCUUGAUGACGUCAAGGGCAGUGUGCGUGAAGCAGCACUGAAGCUCUGCAUGGGACUCUCCAACGGUCUUGUGCGCCAAUUAGAGGAGAGUAACCACAGUGCAGCCGCCAAGGCCAUGAUGAAAGAAGCGCUUCCUUUCCUGCUCUCUGAAAAAGGCAUCGAGAAUACUGUGCAGGACGUGCAAAUUUUUGCCACAAUUACCGUCAUGAAGAUUUGCAAGCACGGCGGCGUGUCCCUGCGCCCCUUUAUACCAGAGAUUGUCUCCCACAUGCUCGGCCUGCUGAGCACAAUCGAGCCGGAGCAAAUCAACUGGCAUUACCAGCGUGCCGGUGACGAGAGUCGCGACAAGAUUGACAAGCUGCGCUCGCAAAUGGUAAACCAGUCGCCCAUCUCCGAGGCCAUUGAAAACUGUCUACGCUUCGUCGAUGCCGAUGUCAUGCUGCAACUGGCCCCACGACUCGAGGCCACGAUCAAAACUGCGAUUGGUAUGCCGACCAAGAUUGGGUGCAGCCGCGUUCUGACGACGCUGUUUACGCGACACACCAACGACAUCAAGCCGCUGUCGGGCAGAUUCCUGAAGGUGCUUGAAAAGCAGACCCUGGAGAAGAAUGACGAGGUCAGUCAGGCAUAUGCCCGAGCGGCUGCGUACAUCAUGAGGGUCGUGGAAGACGCGGACCGACAACGCUUCUGCCGCGGUCUGGUGGAGCUCUACUUCAACGGCGAGGACGAGAGUCGACGCCAAAAAGUAGCCGACGUCGUCGUCUCCCUGGCCAAGAUCUCGCCCGACCACUUUUCCAGCCAGGAAGCCGACCUGCUGCCGUUUGCCUACCUCGGCGCGCACGACACGGACGAGUACGCCAGCAAGGUGUUCAGCGAGGUCUGGAGCCAGCACGCCGGCAGCAGCCGCACCGUCAUGCGCUACAUCCCCGAGAUUGUCGCCCUCGUCGAGCGCUGCCUCGCCACGACGCAGUGGGCGCUGCGCCACACGGGCGCCUUCACCAUUGCCGCGGCCGUCGCGGACGUGGUGAGCGCCACCGAGAUGACGGGCGGCGUCGGCGCGCCCAACGGCCAGGCGCUCUGGCCGGCGUUUGACAAGGCCCUGGCGCUCAAGACGUUUCCCGGCAAGGAAAAGGUGCUCGCGUCGUUUCCCACCUUUGUCAAGAGCAGUCGGGCCUUUUGGCAGGCCAACGACGCCGUCGCCGCGCAAAUGACAAAGGUCGCCCUCCGCGAAGCGAAGCGCACCAACGACGAGUACCGCCCGCACGCCGUGCACCGCCUGUGGGAGUAUGCCCAGGCCCGGAGCGACCUCGACCUCUUGCGCGACAUCACCGCCAUUGCCACGCCGCUGCUGGACGCGCUCACCGACGAGAAUAAGAUGGACGUCGACGACUCCAAAGAGGACAAGCACCUCGACACGGCGCGCCACGCCCUCGAAGCCGUCGCGCGCGGCUACACCCGGUCGCCGUCGCGCGACGUCGCCGCCGUCGCCGCCGCUGUCCUGCACGCGCUGCAGCCGUACCUGGCGCACGAAAAGUUUGGCGCCAUCAAGCGCCAAGUCUGGUACAAGUGCGUCGCCGACUUUAUGACGGAGUCGGCCGCGCUCCAGAGCAAGCCAGCUGCCGGCGACGCCGGCGCUGCUGCGGAGACGUGGGCGGCGUAUCUGGACAGUCUGGACCUGGACAAGGCAGAGACGGGCACGCACCCGCAGCGCGUGCAGCGCGUCGAGGCCGUCGCGGCGGCGCUCAAGGCGCACGAGGCGGGUGUGUUUGGGCCGCUGCUGGGAGGUGCAGCCAGGGCCACGUUGAAGGAGGCCGUGGAGCGGGCGGCGCGGGAGGAGAGAGCGACGGAUGUGCAGCGGUUGUGGAAGAAGACUCUAGAGUUGCUCGGUUAG